AUGGCCGACCUGAUCAGCUCACUGCUGCGAUUUGUCUACUACUACUCCAUGCUGAUGGGCGUGCUGAACUUUGGGGUCGACUGGCCCACGGGUCGAGCGCUCAUCACACGCCGAGUCUCGAUCUACGCGGCCGUGGUGAACGUGAUUACCAUUUGCAGCCUGCCCUGGCUGUGCGGCACACAGGUAAUUGACUCGCUGUGGCCGCGGACGGAGCACUUGCACGAUUACCUGUACGUGGCGAUCCAGGGCGGUCGCGUGCUCUGUGUGUGCGUGACGCUAGUGGCGCGCUGGKCGCAUCGGCAGCGGUUCAUGCGACUCGUGAACGCCUUUCAGCGCCUGGCGCAGCAGAAGCCCCGAGUGAAGCGCAUGUGGCGACGCGGCAUCAUAAGCAAAGUGCUGAGCGCGUUUCUCAUUGACCUCCUGCAGACGAUCGUCCUGCUGCAGCGAAUUUACGAGGAGUUCACCGUUGCACUGGUGCUCACGGUCCUCGUUGUGCACAUACUCUCCGUGCUCGUCAACCUGAUUAUCUCGCACUACUACUUCGGCCUGCUCAACAUCUACGCCCACUAUAUCCUACUCAACCUGGAGCUGCGCUCGGUUCUGGCCGAGGUGCGACGGCUGGAGUUUGAGUACCGCAAAGGUGUCUUUGCCAUCACGUGUUGUGCCCUGGCCGACAAGCUGGAGGCGAUAGCCGCCACCCAGUCCCAGCUGCAGAAGCUGCUGCAGAUCUUAACCAGCUGCUUCGGCCUGCAGACCGUGCUGAUCACCAUCAGCUACUACAUGGCGGGCGUGGCCAUGAUCUACUUAGCCUUCUGCGAACUGACUGGCGACAUUCGCUUGGACUGGAACGUAAGCAACUUGGUGCUGCUUAGCUUACACUUCGCCUGCUACUUCGCAGACAUUUACAUAUCGGUCAACAUAAUGUACUCCCUGCUGGAUGCACACGCCGAGAUGCUGGGCCUGCUCUCGGAGAGCACAAUCCUCGCCCCGGGCCUGGACCGGCGACUGGCGAGUGUCUUUGACAGCUUUCAGUUGCAGCUGGCGUGGAAUCCCUUGAAGUUCUCUGUGCUGGGACUCUACAACAUGGAGAAGUCGAAGGCAGUCACCUUGGCCAGCUCAGUGGUUACCAGUUCCCUGGUGCUCAUACAAAACGACUUCAAAAAUGCAUAUUUAUAUUAG